AUGCUGGACACGCUAAUCGGCCUCCCGCUGCUCAGUGCAGCCUUUCUCCCGAUCUACUCAAACUACAGCACCUCGCUCAACCUGCUGUUCUUCUACCUCACAUGGUCAACCCUGGUCCUGUCGCAUCCGCCCUUGCGCGUCGAGGGCUUCGGUACGCUCGCCGUACGCCUCCUCUUCUACAUCCUACCGUCCUCGCUAUUCCUCCUGUUCGACGCUGCGUUACCUAGUCUCUCCGUCGCGAUCAAGGCCCAAGGCGAAAUCGCACUGCCAGGCCGUAGUGGUGCCAAGGGAACCAAAGGCCGGAAAGGCGUCGUGAAAGUCGCUGCGUGGAGCAUCUUCAAUGUGCUUCUCGGCAUUGCGCUUCAGGUCAGCGUUGACUUGCUGUUGACGCAAGUACUGCGCAUGAAAAGUGCGCUCAAGAUCGUGACGAGGCUGCCACUCCCGUGGGGGCUAGCCAAGGACAUUGCCAAAGGCCUUGUCAUCAGAGGUAUCCUGCAAUAUUACGUUCAUCGACACGUCCUCCACGCACCGAGGUCCCGCAUCGCGCGGUGGCACCGAAACUGGCAAUUGAGCAUUCGUGCGCCAUACUCGUUUGCCGCAAACUACGACCACCCAAUCGCAUGGCUGCUACACCGCUGGCUUCCCGUUUACCUACCCGCUGUCAUCUUCCGCUUCCACAUCCUGACAUUUCAAUUGCUGCUUGCCAUAGUCUCGGUGGAAGAGCUGCUCGUGUAUUCCGGAUACUCAGUGUUGCCGUCGACGAUCAUCUUGAGCGGGAUGGCGAGGCGUGCUGAUGCCCAUAUGCUAACGGGCGGCCAAGGCAAUUACGCGCCGUGGGGUCUUUUGGAUUGGGUUCACGGAACAACGAUCGGCGGUGACGUAGUGGAGGAUAUGCGGGGCGAGCUCGAGAAGCACAAUGUGCCGAAGAAGACGAGCAAGGCGCGCGACGAUGCCAGUGACGUUGUGGACAACCUGGGUUCAAAGAUUAAAAACGGGCGGAUUAAAGGAAAAGGAAAGAAGUGA